UUCAUUGCCACGAGGAAGGAGGAGGUAGUUCUCAACUAUAUGAUAUACCACCAGCAUGGCAGUCUCUGGACAGCGUUGGCUGAAUUCCGGGCAAACAAUCUAACAGAUGCAACAGCAUGUUCAGUUAGACAAGAGGAUUCCUUCAAGGCAAACGAGUGGUGUAAUUUCACGAAGGAGAACAAUGGCGACAGUUGGUACUGUAAGAAGUCCAAAAUCAACCAGUUGACAUGUGACACAUGGUCGCAUUCAUUUAGUGUAAAUGGAAUAGGCUUUCCUUUAAAUAACACCGAGAGAAGCAUCAUUGGUUUGUCUGUGACAGAUUCAAAACAAGAUAUUUUACAGAGUUCAGUGAAGGUGUCUGUUAGAGGAGGUUCUAACGAUGUAAAACUGUCGGCUCCUUCAACUUCCUGCAAUACGCUUCCGGCGGAAAUGACAUGGCAACGGAAGUCCCCGAAUGGUUUCUUUUACCGGAACAAGUGGCAUUCGCUACUGUGUGACGACACACUGCCUCGCACCAUUGAUGCCUACAGACAAUGCUUGAAAGGAAGAACGCUCUGGCUUCAUGGGGAUUCGACAAGUAAUCAGUUUAAAGGAGCUCUUCAUUCAAUUUUACGCUUUCCUUCCCAUACAGAUCGUCAUGUACCUGUUACUGACACAGAUUUAAUACAUAAUUUUUCAAUUUCCUGGUAUGCUCACGAACUACCGUUCUAUCAUGGCGCUAUACACUAUAACAGGUCAACAAACCAGGCACAACACAUCAUGAUGGACCGUCUCCCGAACACCUCCAAGGAUAUUGUAGUGUUAUAUAUGUACGUUCACUUCACGCUUGUCCACCCGGAUGUGUUUAGGCGUCAUGUUCGGAGACUUGUUCCCUCUGCAAAGAACCUCUUGGCACGCGCUCCUAAUGUUACAAUUGCAGUUCGUGGCCCACAUGCAUUUUUCAGACCGAUGCAUGGUUUGUUAUCUUACUGGGGCCUUCUGUACACGGAUAUUUGGCAUCAGGAAUUUGCUUCAUUGCAAGACAAGAUUGUUUAUUUAGAUUUCUGGGACAUGACUAUGGCAAAGCCAUCUCAAGAUUUUCACCCACAAACUGACACAGUUGAUGAAAUGAUACAUAACAUGCUGUCAUUGUUGUGCUUUAGAAAGUGAAAGAAUUGUUUCUUCAUAUGGACAUAUACUCUUUUGCUUAUAUUGUAACACGUGACUGGUAUUUGAAUUCUUUCUUGAAAUACGCUGUUCUGUUUCAAUGAAAGGUGAUGUUGAUCUGUUCCAAGAAUGUUCCAAAGUGUUUUUGUAAAAUCAGCAUGUACCAGCAGAGAAUAAACUGUACCUCUGUCCGUCCUGCCAAACUGAAUCAAAUUAUUUACUAGUUUCCAUUUCCUAGAACCAGAGUAA